AUGAAUUCCAACAAUUGGCUUUCUUUUCCUCUUUCUCCCUCUCACUCUUCUUUACCACCCCACCUGCAAACAGCUCAGUCUCAUCAGUUUUCUUUAGGGUUAGUGAAUGAUAAUAUUGACACUCCACUUCAUAACCAAGAGUGGAAUUUGAUUAACACUGAAGGAAACAAUGAAGUACCUAAGGUUGCUGAUUUCCUCGGCGUGGGAAAAUUGGAAAACCAUACAGAACUUGUACCCUAUAACGAAAUCCAGUCUAGUGGUUCCGAUUACCUGUUCUCCAACAAUAGCCUUGUGUCGGUGCAACAUUCUAUGGCGGUUGCCUUGGGCAACUAUGAUCUUCAAGAAAAUCCUUGUAACAUGCAAUCAUUGACACUUUCUAUGGGUACUGGUAAGGGUUCAACAAGUGAAAACAGUGCCGCUGCUAUUGCUGAUAAUAGUAAUACCAGUAUUGUUGAAGCUGCACCAAGGAGAACUUUGGACACUUUUGGGCAAAGAACAUCGAUUUAUCGAGGAGUAACUAGGUGGUGGACAGGAAGAUAUGAGGCUCAUCUAUGGGACAAUAGUUGCAGAAGAGAAGGCCAAUCAAGAAAAGGGCGUCAAGGUGGGUAUGAUAAGGAAGAUAAAGCAGCCAGGGCAUAUGAUCUUGCUGCACUGAAAUACUGGGGAACAUCUACUACUACCAAUUUUCCGAUCAAUAACUAUGAUAAAGAAAUCGAGGAGAUGAAACAUAUGACUAGACAAGAAUUUGUAGCCUCUAUCAGAAGGAAGAGUAGUGGCUUCUCCAGGGGGGCAUCUAUGUACCGCGGUGUAACAAGGCAUCAUCAGCAGGGAAGAUGGCAAGCAAGAAUAGGAAGAGUUGCUGGGAAUAAAGAUCUUUACUUGGGAACUUUUAGCACUGAGGAGGAAGCAGCAGAAGCAUAUGAUGUAGCAGCCAUAAAGUUCAGAGGCCUAAAUGCAGUCACAAACUUCGACAUGAAUCGAUAUGACGUAAAGGCCAUUCUCGAUAGCAACACUCUUCCAAUAGGUGGAGGGGCAGCCAAACGCCUCAAGGAAGCUCAAGCAAUCGAAUCAUCAAGAAAACACGAAGAAAUGAUAAGUUUAGGUUCAAAUUUUCAGUAUGGCAGUUCAAGUUCAAUCCCUCUAGCAUACCCUCUAAUGCAGCAGCCCUUUGAUCAUACACAGCCUUUACUCGCACUACAAAAUCAAGAUCUUUCACCGUACAAUACAAAUCAAGACUCUCACUAUCAGAAUUACAUUCAAACACAGCUUCAAUUACACCAACAAUCAAGUUCUUACAACACUCAGUUUUACAACAAUUCCCUCCAGAACAAUCCAGUUUUGCUGCAUGGGUUGAUGAACAUGGGGUCUUCUUCUGUUAUGGAUACUAAUUGCAGUUCUACUGGAAGUUACAAUGGAGGCUACCUCGGGAUGGCGUCGAAUUCUACCCCGGGCAAUGUAAGUGGAUCAGCUGAAGAACUGGCACUGAUGAAAGUGGAUUAUGACAUGCCUUCUGCAAAUUAUGCUGGAUGGUCUGGAGAUUCAGCGCAGGGAUCAAAUCCUGGUGAUUUCACAAUGUGGAAUGAUUGA